CGUCAUUGACAUCGUCUCUGGCCGCACGCCCUUUUCCCCACCGCCAUCCUGCCAUUCCCUCCCGUUGGUGUUGGUGAUUCAGGUUCAUCCACUGGCGGCCUUGUUUGCUACAAUGCCAAUCCCUCGCCCUAUCCACCAUCUGGGAGCUCAUAUCUGCAUGGAAGUGUCCGGUUGCCCGCCCGCCCACACCCUCAUUCUACAGCACCACGCACCACAUCAUUCCGGUCCCAUCAAUGCCCCGUCAAUGCCCCAUUGGUCUCAGCGGCCGAUUAGGCGCCACGAGUUCCGCAACAAGUUGCUUGCCCUGCAACGGCAUCGAAAGAUUGUCGGUUUUAUUUUCCCCAUGCAUCUUGGUCGACUCCCUGGCUGGCUGCCGCUUCCUGAGCCUUCCAACAGGCCCUUUACGUGCGUACUUAGUAUGGUCGCAUAAGGUGCACGCACCACAUACAUGCAUAUGUAUGCAGACAGAAAAUGGUGGCGGCAUGUGGGAUUGGGCUAAGUGGUCGGAUCUGGAUUCCGUCUGCUCUGAUCUGCUCUGCGAGAGUUGCAAACUUUGCAACCAUGUGCUGCAUGCACAUCUCCUUUUCAUCGGUUUCCUGCGUCCUUUGCCAUCGUUAUUCAUCCCUCGACACAAGCUCAAGGUCACGAAGACUGGCCUUCCUCAUGGCAGCUCAAACGAAGCGUACGGUUGUUGUUUGGCCCCGUCCACCCUCCUACCCCUCCUCGCUUGGGCGGGAACUCCUCUUCUAUCACCCCGUUUCUCCGGCCCAUUCGAGCCCCCGCCGCCGCACAGGAGUAAACCAACAACAACCCGCUUGGUUUUUGCAGCAGUAAUCCAUCCACCCAACCCUUAUUCGUAUUCCACCUCCCGUUUCAAGAAGGAGCAGACAAGGCGAGAAGACAAGAGUAAGAUAUGGCUAAAGCGAAGCUAUAUGGUCCCGGGACGGAUACGUAUGCUCGUUCUAGUUUGCCCGCCACACCACGUUCAGCUGGUCCACGGCUCAGCUCAGUCCGGGCCCUCCCAUAAUACCGCCUUUCAUAUGGUUUCUUCUUCUUCGCAGGUACCCGGCGAAAGACUGAGGGUGUGUCAUCUCAUGUCGUCGCGCCAGGUCGUUUGGAUGGUCACCUCGAGACGACAUCCUCCCAUCGGCCGUUGUCUGUAUGAACAAGUACAGUGCCGCGCCACAGACUGGUCACUACAAGGUAUUGCAAGGAGCCGGGCAGAGUACCGUAGUAGUGUAGUCUCGAGUUCUCUCCCCCAACCGUGUCUUCUCCCAUCUACGACCUCUUCUCCCUCAUUAUUCUCUCGUCUUUUCUUCAACACGUUGCACAGGUCUGUCUCUUCCGCACACACACAGCGUUGCCCAGAUCGACCCCAUCUCCGCACGCCUACAAGCACACAUCUACCCGGUCACAGCGUAGCUCUUCUCAAGGCUUCGUUCUAAGCCUCGACCUGAUUCGAAGCUCUUUAUACGGACAGACAUCCUCCCCCCCCUCUACAUCUGACGCCGCACGGCAGACGAACAAUUCUUCAACCAACAUUUACAGUUCUCACAUCAGAAAGAUGGCGCCUAGUGCUGUUGGUCCGGUCGUGGGUGCUGCCACGGCACUUGCUGCCCACCACAUCCAUCACACGGAAUACCACGCUCCAGUCGCGGACGUCCCCGGU